UCAGGUCCGCCAGGAAAGCGGGGCAGGAUGGGGCGGAAAGGGGAACACGGUUCUCCAGGCGCUCCGGGACGAGAUGGCUAUCCGGGACCAGUUGGCAUGGAUGGACAGCCGGGACCAUCGGGACUCAAAGGGGAUAAGGGGGAGCAUGGAGACGGUUGGCCAGUGGAACGCUUCUCCAACGGUGCCUUUGCGGGUCUACUCAGCAAUCAGAUCCUCACUAUCAAGGGUGACCAAGGACAAGCCGGCCCCCCCGGCCCCCCAGGCCCCCCCGGAUAUCCCGGUCUGAGAGGGCCCCCAGGAAACCCGGGAAAGGACGGGCCCCCAGGGCUAGCUGGAGACCCAGGGAAACCAGGACAGGAUGGCAUUGAGGGACCCAGGGGACAUCCCGGAAUGCAGGGUGAGAAUGGCGAGCGAGGGGUGCCUGGACCCCAAGGACCUCCGGGGUUAAAGGGAGAACCGGGACUUCCUGGGGACCUGGGGGAGAAAGGCUUGGAUGGACUAAAGGGAGACAAAGGAGAUACUGGGCAUGCAGGACCUGGGGGAGACAAAGGUUUACCGGGACAGAAGGGUGAGCCGGGGGAGAGUGAAAUGGCUGACAUUAACGCCAAACUGGACAAAGUCCUGCAGGGGCCCCCAGGCCCACCGGGGCCCCCAGGAGAACAAGGACCAAAGGGAGAUCUGGGCUUACCUGGACCACCAGGGGUUGAUGGCGAUAAGGGAGCCAGUGGACAAAAAGGACAGAAAGGAGACCGUAGUUUGGAAGACGAUUUGGCUCAGAUUAUUUUUCAGUCAGGCCCCCCAGGGCCACCUGGAUCUCCAGGACCCCAAGGCCCCAUGGGAUACCCAGGCCUACCUGGUCCCACGGGGGAGCCAGGACAGGGACUGAGAGGAGAGAAGGGGGACCCUGGGGAUAGAGGCCCCCCAGGAAUAAGGGGUAUUCCGGGGCCUGCGGGGUUAAUAGGACUCCCGGGUAUUAAAGGAGAUAAGGGAAAACCAGGAGAGCCAGGAUUUGAUGGGUUUCCAGGCCUAAUAGGAGAAAAGGGUGACAGGGGUGACAAAGGCGAGAAGGGGGGCCGGGGAGCUUUGGGCAAGAAGGGCACCAGGGGACAGAAGGGUGAGCAAGGACCCCCCGGUCUGGACCAGCCCUGUCCUGUGGGUCAUGACGGGCUACCUGUACCAGGCUGCUGGCAUAAGUGAUGGAAAAUCACACUCAUCUAGUCACACCUGUACAUACCGGCAAUGAAUCUUUGUAAACUAAAUGCAUUUUUUUUUUAAUACUGAAAUUUUUUCCUGAAAAAUGUCUUUUUUUUAAUUUAAAUUAAAUGUGUAGAAUGUUAUUUUCAACUUAUUACCAGUGGUAAUUUUUAAUGUCAUAUGUCAAAAAAGACGUUUGAUGUAGUAUUAUAGAAUAAAAGUCAGAGGCUUAAAUCUUUGAAGUACUACACAAUGAGAAAUGUACUGAAAAUGUACAAUAAAUGUGAAAAAGUAGUAUACUAGUAGUAUUAGUAAACAUACUCAGACUGAAUUAAAUAGACACAAGUUGCUGCUAAGAUCCAUAGUAAUAAACUGCCCUAAUGUUAUUUCCUGGUAGAAGAGUGUGAAAUUGCCUGAAAGUAAUAGAUGUGAAAGAUCUACCAGUGUUAAUCCUCAUUAAAUGGAAAUCUGAUUCAUAGAAGCAGACUGAGACGCAGGUGCUCCAAUGUAGCCAUGGCAACCGAAGCGAGAGCAUACAAGAUGCUGGUAACUAUAAUGUAACUGGCUGGUCGCCAGAUAGUGCAGUGAGAGAAGGUCACCAGGACCCCAGCUCACUACACCGCCAUGCUAGCAGAACCCACCAUUUUGACAAGACCUACAAAGUACGUUAAGAAUAUCGAUGAAUGACUUAAGAUUGGUAAUUUAAUAGGGACCUGCUGUCCACAUUUCUUCAAAAAAAAUUGUCAAAUUUUAAUUUUAUUUUUUUAAGAGAAUUCGUGUAUAUAUUUAGGUUUCUUUAUAACUGAACAUGAAGAAAUGAUUGACCACCUGUAAAAUUAGAUAACAAUUGUGAAAUAUCUGGCAUCAUAUAUAAUUAUGUAUUUUUUUUUGUUUGUUUGUACAUUGUAUUACUAAAUAAUUGUGCUAGAAAGGCAUGAUCACUUGUUUAUUAUAACAUCAUAUGCAAAAUAUUUAGUUUGGAGUUGCUGAAGAUUUGUUACGCUAAUGGUUUCCUUUUUCAGUUUCAUUCAUACGUGUAAACAAUCCAGAUUUAGUUGCGUUACUCAUAGUCAAAUAUUUUGCUUAUGAACAGUUUAUUCCUGAAUCUAGCUUUUUCCAUCAUUUCAGUAAAAACAGCUGUAACCUUCUUAACAAGAUAAAGAAUAAUGUUUGAACAGUUAUCAGAUACUCUGUCAUUAAAAGUAUCUGUAGAAUGUAUCGUAAUUUUAUAAUCUCGAUUGCCUUGGCCUGCUGUGGUUUUUGGCAGUCAAGCUACCAGUAUGGCUGGGAGUGUUUUACUUCACAAAAUUAUCAAAAUGCACCUGGUGGCAGUAUCUUAUUACUUUUUCAAUUAUAUUUUAUAUUCAGCUACACUCCUGGUAUUUGCUGUCAACAGGAUUGAUGUGUAAUCCUUAUUUUUUAUAUAAACAUAGUUCCCAUC